CGAUGGUAUGAUAGAUUCGUGGUACGCUUUUUUUUUAUUACGUAUGUCUUGGGGUGCUACACCAAGUGUACCACGAAUCUGCACCACCAUAAACAUAUGCUUGAUAUCAGUACCCGAAGUAUAGACCAAUUUCCCUUCGGCGACCUCCGAAUUCUCAGUAGGGCUGGACGAGGAAACUUUUCCGUGUACGUUGUUCGACUCGCAAGUGACCCAGACAAAAAAGUGAUGGCACUCAAACUUGCUAAGCUUGAUCCCUCACCACUCAACGGCUCGUCUCGUGGAUUAUUUCGAGAGUUUAAGAUCCUGCGUUCUUUGCAACAUCCGAAUAUUAUUAAGGUGUUUCGCGGAUUCAAUAAUGGUCUUUGCUUUAGUUUCUUGAUGGAGUAUUGCCCCUAUGGAAGUUUAGAGGCAUAUAUCAAGCACGGCGACUUGGAUAUCGUGUCCUUAAAGAAGCUUACCCGACAGAUCGGAAGUGCCUUGGAGUACCUUCACUCAAAAUCAAUAGCUCAUUACGAUGUCAAGGCGGCCAAUGUGCUUAUAACUCCAUCGUUCGACUUCAAGCUCACGGACUUCGACAAUGCCUCCGACGCACUGGUAGAGCAACAUGGAAUUCGGGGAACGUUUGCUUAUUUGGCUCCCGAAAUCAUGAUGGGCAAAGCGUACAACAUGUCAGUGGAUAUUUGGGCGUUUGGGGUUCUUCUCUACUUUGCAGCUUACCAUUCGCUGCCUUUUCCCGAAAUUGACAACGCCUUGAACAUGCUUAAGGCCGUUUGUAAGCGCAAUGUCUCAUUUCCAGGAACCAUGCCUCUUCAGUUCGAGUAUCUUUUACAAAGAAUGCUUGAAAUAAACCCAGAAUUAAGGCUAACUUGGAAUGAAUUUCGUGCAGUAAAGUUUUAUUCCUAAUGUCAGUCGUGUAGUAGGAUUAUUAAUAUCAUUUAUCGUUCAGCGGUUAAGAGAUUCGAAUCUACUAUCACUUGUUUUGCUCGGGAAGGAAAUACUAUGUGAUAUAUAACCAUCAUAGUAGCCCCGUCACUCUGAUGAUCAUUCAUGGCCCAGUGGUAAUUCGUCGGAUGCGAGAUUCGAACACACCCCCUCCUGUCCGAGUUCGAACCGCAACGAUACCACAACACUAUUUGAACCCGUAUAAUAAUUUAGGUCUGAUAAAUUAGAAGUAUUUAAUCAGACGAAUCCUAAAUAGGUGAAAGAAUUAUAGUACUGAUAUAUUUGAUUAAAAAUAUGUACAAAGAAGCCCACAAAACUGAGCUCAUGUCUUAACACUGUCAGGCAUCUCUUACAAUUCCUGGUAGCUUCAUGGUACAUCGUUUAAGACUAUCUAUCACAUAGCUUCGCGG